AUGCACUUCACAGCCCCCUCCGUCGCCUUGCUGGCUCUCGCAGCCGGUGUUCAAGCCGGCUCCAAACAGCUGCAGGAACCUCCCGUCCACGUGAAGGGUAUCAUCGGCAAGCAACGUGUUGAGCCUGGUACUGAUGUUGCUCCUACCGGUGCUCAGACCGGUACUCAUCCCAUUGGAACCGGCAUUGUCGGCACCGGUACCAGCACUGGUAGCCACCCCAUCGUGACUGGCACCCCAGGCGGUCCCGGCGGCGGUGUUGGUAAUAACAGCACUAUCAUUGUCACUGGGCACCUCCCCAUCCGGUGGUGCUGGUUCUGGCACUGGCUCAGGCUCAGGCACUGGCUCAGGCUCUGGCACUGGCUCAGGCUCUGGCACUGGCUCAGGCUCUGGCACUGGCUCAGGCUCUGGCACUGGCUCAGGCUCUGGAACUGGCUCAGGCUCUGGAUCUGGCUCCGGUUCUAG